GCGCAGCGCUGCUCAGCUCAGGAAACCUGGCUCCUUAUUUCACCUGCUACAUAAACCUGAUUUAUCGACAUGUUCUAGGUAUCACUUGGAGCGGAUAAUUUCUGCGCGUAUACAUUCUACUCCUGUGGAAACAAGGGAGCUAAACCUCAAGAGAUGGAGGAGUUUGAGAGUGGUGCUCGAGGCCGGGUGACCAUAUACUCCAUCCAGGGUUGCCCACACUGUGUACAGGCAAAGGCCACCCUGGGACGGCUGGGAGUACCGGUGUGUGACGUCGACAUCGGUACGCAUUCAGAGCUGAGGGCGAAGGUGAAGGAGCUGACGGGACGCAGCACAGUACCCCAGAUAUUCUUCAACAACGUUCAUGUCGGCGGAAACGACGAGCUGCAGAAACUGGCCCCUGAGGAGCUGCAGAGGCUGGUGAAUCUAGUGAAAGAUGAGCCUCUUCCAGUAGAUGCUCCACCGCUGCCACAGAAUACUGAGUCAGAGGAUACAGCUGGGGAGAAUGACGGAGCGUUUAACUGUGAGCAAGAUGAGUUGGCCCCCCUGGUACAGGACAUCAAACAUGGAGGUGUGAUUGGCAGUCAGAGGAGGGGACUGACCUUACACAGGAAGAGCUUCUCAGGCAGUCAGCUGGUUGACUGGCUGCAGAAAGAGAAGGGCAUGGGCAGGGCUGAGGCCUUUAACACUGGCCGGGCACUGUUGCAGAGAAAGUACAUGGUGAGUGUGCAUGGCUCUGGGAAGCAGGAUGGAAGUUUUGAUGAAGAAAAAGGCGCCAUGGACACUUUGUACAGGCUGCUGGAGGACGACCCUCACUCAGCCCUCAACGCAGGACAGACUGCAUCCUGCAGCCCCGUUCAGGCGUCUGAGCUGUCCCUGAUUUUACGGGAGCUGAUUCUGAAGCUGUUUUCGGAGCAUCUCUCCGCCGAUGGCAAGUCUGUGGACUACAAAGGCAUGUCGGCGAGCCCGGCGUUUGAACGCUACUGCGAGCUCGCCAUCCAGCUGCAGAGGGUGGAGCUGCUGUCACUGAGCCGGGAGGAGAAGCUGGCCUUCUUCAUCAACAUCUACAACGCCUUAGUCAUCCACGGGUACCUGCGUCUGGGGGCGCCCACCAACAUGUGGCAGAGAUACAGAUUCUUCAAUUACGUGAGCUACCUGAUUGGAGGAGAAGUGUUCACGCUGCAGGACAUUGAGAACGGCGUCCUCAGAGGGAACAGAAAAGGCAUUGCGCAGCUUCGAAGACCCUUCUCCAAAACGGACCCGCGACUCCAGGUGGCGCUUCCAGACGCCGAGCCAUUGAUUCACUUUGCCUUGAACUGUGGGGCGAAGGGCUGCCCUCCCAUUAAAACCUACAGCCCGCAGGAUAUCGACGGCCAGCUCCGCACCGCAGCCGAGGCCUUCCUGGAGAACGAUGACGCCUGCAUGGUGGAUUCUGGGAAGAGGGAAGUGCGACUCAGUCAGAUUUUCAAGUGGUACAAGGCGGACUUUGGAGGCACUGAUGAGAAGCUGCUGAACUGGGUGCUGGAGCACAUGGGGGACUCUCCCAAGAAGACCAGCCUCCAGGGCGUGCUCUCCGCCGGGAAGACCAAAGUCAGCUUCCUCCCGUACGACUGGACGACCAACAGCAGCCACUGAGCAUGCGGACACGUGCACGCCCCGCUAUAUCUUUUAAUAUCUCUUCACUUUCUACUGAGCUGCUUCCUCUGGUGAUGAAGUGUCGUCGCCCCCCCCCAUAAAAACGUGUUAAUGCAAACAAGCUGUCUGCCCCGGGGAGGAUUCCAGGGGAACAUUUGCACUGUAUCAUAGAGUCAUACCUCUGUUGUAGGCUUUUUUUUUUUUUUAGCUAUAAGGUCCUACUGUAAACCUCUAUUCAGUCUUUGGUUGUCAUCAAAGUGAGAGUGCUGGCGUGUUUUAUCAGUAAUAAUAAGGAGGGAAGAGCAAUUUGCACUUAAAAUUCCAGCAGCCUAAUCAACAGCAUAUAAUGCAUGUUAAGCAUUACUGACUUUAGCGAUCAUCCAGGCCUCCGUGCUCUCCGGUCAGCGUCUCAGGAGUCAUACGUCAUCGCCGCCCCUUCCCAAGUAACGCUGGGAGGGGUUGUAUCAUGCGGCCCAGUUAAUCAGCAGACAGAGAUCAAAACCCGAUCCCCACAGGCUGCCUUGACAAGCCAUAUCGAUACCUUCUGAACUUACGAACUAACUUACCUUUGUGAAGCACACUGCAGCCUAAACAUCAGAUUUUUAACCCUACAUAUGUGAACAAGUUAAUGUGACGUUUUAUACGAAAACAACCGCCGCUGGUUGUCCCUCACACACUGGAUCUGAAACAGGAGAAUCUGAGUUUGGUGUGAAAGAGGUGUUUGGUUUGGACGUGAUUCCAGCUUGGUCUGGGUUGGUGUGCGGUGAGAUAUUUAAUCUGUUGAGGGGAGCGUGUCGCUGCGAGCGCAGAACUCGCCAUCCUAAUGAAAAAAGGAGCUCACUGUGUGCUUCCUGUUUAUAAAACUUGGAUCUUUGACGUUCUCAGAUGUGUUUGUAGUGUUCUGAUCAGAUCAGGUUUCUCUGUGUGUGACCACUCCACCCGUUUCUAUCCAGGUCUUCCAUUACGAAUUGGAAAAGUGCUACAGCUGAUCUGAGUUCAGUCGAGAAGUGAAAUGAUCCGUUGGAUCAGAAUUAGACUCAUCCGGGAUGCACUCUGACACUUUGCAUGCUUUUAUCACCAACUUUGGAGAAACUACUGAGACACAUUUGUACUUUUUCACUCAUCAAAAUGCUCACUUUUUGGUCUGUGUCUGACUUAAAUGCUUAAAAAAGUAUAAUCAUAGGUUCAUGUUUAAUCCCCCCAAUAAGUUUGUACUUUGCCAAGAUCGAGAUUCAGUUCCUUUCGAUAGCAUUCUUUUUUUUUUUUGCAUUUAUCGUGCCUGUCAAACAUGUUGUGUCUUUUCCAUAAUUUAGCAUUUACUUCUCUCAGGUCAAUGCAAAAUUUGAACUACUGAAAAACUAUAAUCCAGGUGGUCCGAUGUCGUCGCUGCACUGUAUGCUGCAUGUCAUUCUCUGACCCCGCCGCCAGUUUCCUGUCGGUUCUGUCUGGUUCGUGUGUUUGCAGAGCGUCUCCAGUGUGAACG